AGGCUCGAACGAUUCUUACGGCAUGUGUGCUUGCAAUGGCAGAGUCCGAGCUGAUUGUGCACAUUGAGCAGGCCCUCUGGCCAAAAGGCGUGGUUCGAUCCUUGAGCGGGCUGCUGCGGAGCUUGGGGGACAAACAUGGAAAUCUGGUCAUAGUCGCUCAGCCGACGAAGGGCCAUAUCCUCGUCAAGGGCCCUGCAGACAAGAUCGAGGAGGCGAAGCCUGGGCUGCGUGCCAUCAUCGAGGAACAGUUUCCCGAUGCGGAUUGCCCCGAGGAGCUGCAGCCCGCUGAGGUGGCUGCACCGGCAGCACCAGCAGCACCGGCGCCUGCGGCGGCGCCGGCGGCGCCGGCGCCAGCGCCUGUGCCACCAGCGCCGGCGCCGGCCAAAGCACGAGAGGUGGCGCCGGUGCAGGCGCCUGAGAAGGUUGUCAUUGAGGGACAUUGCCACGCGCGGCGGCUUCGUGCACCCUUUUAUGGCACUUCACCGGACCUGUUGUGGCAGUGUGUGCGGAAGAGUUCCUGCUUCCAGCGGCCUGGCGGUGUGAACAAGAAAAGGUUCAGUGCUGAGCCCGGGAAUCUGCUGGGCCUUCACUGCCAGCAGUACAGCGGCCUUGCCGGCGAUCGGGCCUUGGAUGUGCGGCCGAAGCAAGUGGGCCAGAAGCGGUCCAUCGAGCUGGUCCAAAGCGUCGCCAAGGCCCAGCUCCGGCGGCGCCCAGGCUCGUUUCUGGUGGCUUCCGGGCUGGAGAAGUGCAAGAAGAAGGGCCUGCGAAGGCUGGAUAAAGAGCUGCUGGGCAUGUCGUAUCGGCCUGGUGCGCACAAGCUGGCCCGGCUGAAGUACAUCAAGAUCCAUUUGUCUUUCAAGAAGCCCAAGCCGCGCAUCCAGAAGCACAAGUGAGAGCCAAGCCGGAAGCCUGUGUUCGAACUCUUGAAAUGGAUUUUGUCCAAGUCGCCACCAGCAAAGGAAGGACUGAUCUGAGUAGCCACGACCUUUUGACUUGUUGCGUAGGUUACCUGCGCUCACAAAACAAGUCUGUGCAAAGCGCAUCCUUGAACUCGAUUGGAAUCGGUUUACGGCCAAAUGGCACGUGGCA